CCCCCCCCCCCCCCCCCACUGUUGUUAUCUCCUACCCAUCCUGAUUUAAUACAUGCUAUAAAUUACUCAUUGCUAUUUGAGUCUCAUUCUUUCCCCACUGUUUUGUAUGUUAGUGAAGACUUCAAGCUCUGAAGAGCAGGGAUGUUACGGUCCUAAAAAAUGCCUGUCAUAUCUUCAGUGUUCUAUAAAUAACACAAAGUUAUGCAGUAGUAAGUGGCCUCAAAGCAGAGCAGUCUUGUACCCUGCAGGGGGCACUUAUUGUUAGGCUUAAAUGAAGUCAACAUGUCCUUUUAAAACUUACUGAAUCUCUGCCAUAAGGAUUUCUCAGUAAUGGUGCUUUUUCAAGGGGGCUGUAGGUUAUGCCUCCUUGUGGUACCACUAAUAGUAUCUGCAACAGUAUAGCCGUACUAAUGAUACUGUUUGUAUCGAUUUUUCUAAGGCUUUUAAAUUAACUACUUGAAGACCAUUACGAUUCAUGGCAUUGUUAGUGAGCUUUACUUGAACUGCUUUUGGGUGGUAAUAGUAGCUUUAAUGGUUAUUUCUGACACUGCUAAAUUGACUCUUGUAUCUUGAAUGCUAUUUCUAAAAUAGCUGACUUAGACAUUUUUUGCCUUUUUUUGGAUCUUUGUGGAAUUUUUCUCCUAUAGGAACAAGAAGCAGUGUUUAAGAGAAAGAGGCCUACUGAAAUUGACUUCUAAAUGAUAUUUCUUCUGGUGGGAGCUCCAAAGGCAAACACUACCCAGCACAACAUCGUAGAAGGAGGCCAGGUGCUCAAAUGUAACUGGAAUUCAAACAGAAACUGCCAGCCGAUUAUUUUUGACUCCACAGGCAACAGAGAUUUUGCUCCUGAUGAUCCACUAGAAUUUAAGUCUCAUCAGUGGUUUGGAGCCUCUGUGAGAUCCAAAAAUGAUAAAAUUCUGGCCUGUGCCCCGUUGUACCACUGGAGGACUGAAACAAAACAAGAGAGGGAGCCUGUAGGAACUUGUUACCUCCUUGCUGGAUCUAAAUCUGUGGAAUAUGCACCCUGCAGGUCAACCACUAUUGAUGCAGAUGGACAGGGAUUUUGUCAAGGUGGAUUUAGUAUUGACUUUACAAAGGGAGACAGAGUGCUGCUUGGAGGACCUGGAAGUUUUUACUGGCAAGGCCAACUUAUUUCUGAUCGAGUGACAGAGAUUGUGGCUAAAUAUGACUCCAAAGUCUACAGUACAAAGUAUGAUGACCAGCUAGCAACCAGACCUGCCAGUGCUGCUUUUGAUGACAGCUACUUGGGUUAUUCGGUGGCUGUUGGAGACUUCAAUGGUGAUGGCAUAGAAGACUUUGUAUCAGGAGUCCCAAGAGCAGCAAGAACUCUGGGCAUGGUGUCAAUUUACAAUGGGAAAAACAUGUCUUCCAUGUACAACUUCACAGGAGAGCAGAUGGCUGCCUAUUUUGGGUAUUCGGUGGCUGCCACAGAUAUCAAUGGGGACAAUUACACAGAUUUGUUUAUCGGAGCCCCUCUUUUUAUGGAUCGAGGUUCUGAUGGGAAACUUCAAGAGGUCGGCCAAGUUUCCAUUUGCCUUCAACGAGCCUCUGGAGGGUUUCAGAUCACAAAGCUGAAUGGUUUUGAGAUAUUUGCAAGAUUCAGCAGUUCUAUUGCCCCUCUGGGGGAUCUAGAUCAGGAUGGCUUCAAUGAUAUUGCAGUUGCUGCACCAUAUGGUGGAGAAGACAAGAGAGGACUUGUCUAUAUCUAUAAUGGAAGAGCAAAUGGUUUGAAUGCAGUCCCAUCUCAAAUUCUUGAAGGGCGGUGGGCUGCUCGCGCUAUGCCACCCAGUUUUGGGUACUCGCUGAAAGGAGCCACAGAUGUGGACAAAAAUGGAUAUCCAGACUUGAUUGUUGGAGCCUUUGGUGUUGACACAGCUGUUUUGUAUAGGGCUAGACCAGUUAUUAGAGUAAAUGCUGCCCUGGAAGUUAACCCAACCAUUCUAAACCCAGAAAACAAAGCCUGUUCACUGUCAGAUGUAAAAGUUUCUUGCUUCAAAGUAAAGUUCUGCUUAAAAGCUGAUGGCAAAGGAAAGCUCCCUAAUUCACUCAAUUUCCAAGUGGAGCUGCUGUUGGAUAAACUUAAGCAGAAAGGAGCUAUAAGGAGAGCUCUCUUUCUCCACAGCAAACAGCCUAGCCACUCUAAGAACAUGACUAUUACAAAGGGGGGCAAAAUGAAUUGUGAAGAACUUGAUGCCUUUUUGAGGGAUGAAUCUGAAUUUAGAGACAAACUAACUCCUAUUACUAUUUUUAUGGAAUAUCGUCUGGAUUACAGAACAGCUGCAGAUGCAACAGGGUUGCACCCUAUCCUCAACCAGUUCACUCCUGCUAAUAUGAGCAGACAGGCACAUAUUCUGCUGGAUUGUGGUGAUGAUAAUGUCUGCAAACCAAAACUGGAGGUUUCAGUAGAAAGUGAUCAGAAGCAGAUCUAUAUUGGUGAUGACAAUCCCUUGACACUAAUUGUCAGUGCUCAGAAUCAAGGGGAAGGAGCCUAUGAAGCAGAACUCUUUGUCAUCGUUCCACCCCAAGCAGAUUUCAUCGGUGUUGUUCGUAACAAUGAGGCUUUAGCAAGACUGUCAUGUGCAUUUAAAACAGAGAAUCAAACUCGCAUGGUAGUUUGUGACUUGGGAAAUCCCAUGAAAGCAGGAACUAAGCUAUUAGCUGGCCUGCGUUUCAGUGUGCACCAGCAGUCUGAAAUGGAUACCUCUGUGAAGUUUGACUUGCAAAUCCGAAGUUCCAACCUGUAUGACAAUCUCAGUCCAGUAGCAUUCUAUCAGGCUGACCUUGCUAUUUUAGCAGCUGUUGAAAUCAGAGGUGUGUCGUCUCCUGAUCACAUAUUCCUUCCUAUUGCAAAUUGGCAGCCGAAGGAGAAUCCAGAAACGGAAGAUGAUAUUGGGCCUCUAGUGCAGCAUAUCUAUGAGCUGAGAAACAAUGGUCCAAGUGCUUUCAGCAAGGUGAUGAUGACUCUGCAAUGGCCUUACAAAUAUAAAAACUACACACUGUUGUAUAUUGUUCAGUAUGAAAUUGAUGGUCCCAUGAACUGCACUUCUGAUAUGGAAAUCAAUCCAUUGAAAAUUAAGAUUUCUGCUUCUAAAGAUGAUGAUAAGAAUGAAACACUUAGCAGGGAAGAUAAUCGGGAUCAUCGUAUCAGUCGAAGGGAUAUAACAGCCAUUGAAGGAGAUGUGCAUACUUUGGGCUGUGGAACUGCUGACUGUUUAAAGAUAGUCUGUCAAGUUGGCCAUCUGGAAAGGGGAAAGAGUGCAAUAUUGUAUUUAAAAUCACGCCUUUGGACCCAAACUUUCAUGAAUAAAGAAAAUCAGAAUCACUCCUAUUCUCUCAAAUCGUCUGCUUCUUUCAAUGUUAUAGAGUUCCCUUAUAAGAACCUUUCCUUUGAAGAUAUCCACAAUUCUACAGUAGUUACUACAAAUAUUACAUGGGGCAUUCAACCACAGCCUAUGCCUGUGCCGGUGUGGGUUAUAAUUUUGGCUGUUCUAGCAGGAUUAUUGCUCUUGGCUGUUCUAGUGUUUGUUAUGUACAGGAUGGGCUUUUUCAAACGUGUGAGACCACCUCAGGAAGAACAAGAAAGAGAACAACUGCAACCGCAUGAGAACGGGGAAGGAACAUCAGAAGCUUAAGCAGAGUUUUAUCUGUAAGACAUUCUGAAAUUUUAGAAUGCCUUCAUCUUGGUUACGAAUAUUGGCUUCCCCCUUAAGCAAAAAACACUCAUGACUGCAAAGCUGCUGGUCUCAGAAGGUAUCAGCAUGUACAAAAUAAGAGCAAUAUAUUUAAAUCCUCCUUUUUGUAUUAAUUAUGUUCAUACAUGUGACUAACGCAUCUGCACUGAUUUGUGUGUGAAAAAAUUAAGUAAUAUGUAGUGCUGUGAUUUUGCUUAUUGGGAUACAGGAGACAUCUUUUUUUGAUUCACGGACCGACUUUAUAUGAAUUGCUACACAGAUUCUCUGUUUGCUCUUGAGGCCAACAGCCUGCAUAGAUAUUUGCUGGAUUACACGUUUAGUUUCAAUUGAUUUUUGUUGGAGUACACUACAUUUCAUUUCCUAGCUCUUGAAAGCUAGUUGUACAAAAAAAUGAACAUGGCUGGUUUUACAAAACUGAAGAAUAUUCUUUGACCCAUUAACUCUGCUGAUGAUUUUCCUUCUGCUCAAAAAAAUAUGGAAGAGAUUAUUUGGUGGAAUCAUUCACAUCUGAUAGCUACUCUGCAUGCCUGUUCCCCUUCCUGCUCACUCAUCUGUCCAGUGGUUUCCCUCUACACUUUAUAAAUAUUUGUUCUCCAGGCCCUAAAUCUCUUACUGUAGGGACUGAGUCUACAGAAAUGGAAAUGAAUGGUAGAAAGCUGGGGAUUAUGUACUUUCUAUGGGACAUAGUGACAAGAUUGAGGGCAAGAUCCAAAGACUCUGGCGUGUAUUUCCAUGGAGCAGGAUCCAGGUGUUCCACAGAAUUCCUGGCAGCAUGGAUCCAUUCAGGUACUGCCAGGGACAAGGCGUUGGACUGUGGCUGCCAACAGACAUGUCUGCUGAGAAAAGCCAUAGCCUGUAUGUUCACAAGUCAAACCUCCACAGGGUUUGAAGUUAAGGCUGCAUACUACCCGGGCUGAAUUUCAGUUUCUGGCAAAACAAUGGAGGGAAUACUUUGUGACAGGUUACCUGAAGUAUUGUAAGGAAGCUCUUGUUAAUUCUCACAUUCUGUGGUUGACUAUGUCCAAGUGCAGGAUGGAGUAAUAUAGGGACUGUUUAAACUGGACUAUCUGCCAGACAAAUGUAUCUAGAUUACAUCAGUACUUUAACCACACUCAUGUCUGCCUUGCCACUUGCCCUAAGAGAACAGUGAGUUUAUCAAAUGAAGCAGAGUAUAGCUGGCAAUGCAAAAAGGUUUGAAAAGAGAAGGUUGAUUUGGCUUGUUUCAUUUCAUUGCACAAGACAUUUCAUUAUGUUCAAUACAUUUCAUUACCAGAAAAGACACUAAAUAUUUUGUUUCAUUGUUGUUUUUUAAACAUACCAAAAGUUCAGUGGUUUAAAGCCAUGGGUUUAUGUCAUUCUUAUUUCCCUCAGCAUUGGUGUGGCAAAAUGAAGCUUCUUAUUCUUACAAGAGAACAAAAGAACAUUGUCUAUAUGCAUUUCAGUAGACACGUAACUGCAAAUUAGGAGGUUAUUUGGCUUGCAACCACGUGUAGCUGUGUUGCACAAAUCUUAGAGUGGACAUACUUAAACUAUUACAAAGGUGCCUUAUAUGAGAUUUGUUUAUUCCGAAAAGGGAAUAAAUUACACUAUAAACUCCCUGUGUGCAGCCACAUACAGAAAGGAAGACUUCUACUGUAACUAUACCAGUGAGAUUUCUAUGCAGACAAGCUCUUAAAAGGACAAAAUCUCUGGUUUGGUUUGGUUUUGUAUCUUGGGGUUUUUGUUCAAAGCUGCAUCUCCCCCAUAAAUACUGCAAUGCCCAGUAAACCCAGAAGUAUCUGAAAUUAACAGUUUAACUCUCAUUUCUGCAUCCUUUCUGAGAUUUAAAAUUCACAAAAGGCUUUCGUUGUUAAGUCCAUUCUUACUCACUGAACCGUGAUGGCAUUUGAGUCAUUAAGAGAGCACAAAGUCUGUGGGGGCCAGUAUGUAUAUCAGAUAUAGGCUUGCAUAUUUAUCCAUUUACAUGUUUUUGUUUUAGACAAUUUGUUUAGAUAUAAUUAGUUUAUAUGAGAGGUCAUAGGGCAAAAUUCCGCUUUCACUGAAUUUUCAAUGUCUUCAGUGUGGCCAACGUCCUAUUUUUGUCUUUACUUCUAGUGUUGUUACUAGUAGUGUAGUAAAGAAUCAGGAGUCAGGCUUUGAUCCUGGCCUCAGAAUGUGACUUCUGUAAAACAGUUUCAGUUACUUAUGCAGGUUUCUAGUUCACACACUUUGUCAGCUGAUUAUCUCUAUGCAAGGAGAUUGUUUUUACCCAGUCUUAAUCUUAGUAGGUUAAGAGGUUUAAGAGACUGUCAGACAGAUUAUAGCUCUAAUUCUUACAUGUGUGCUUUCAUUACAUGUACACACUGUGUUGACUUGAAAUUUAUUAGACUACUUGCAUGUCUAAGCAUUAUGAAGAGAUGAAAAUUUAUUAAAAAAAAAAAAGCACGAUCAAGAUCUCUUCAACUCACGUGGAAGGGAUACCAAUGUCAGUGCUAAAUGCAUCUUAAUUUUACUGUGGCAACUGGAAACUCUCAUUUUGCUGAUUUUCAGGAUGAAAAGGUACAUUUUAUUGGUACAACUACUGUAGCUAUGGAAAGUUUCUUCCAUUUAUUGAAGUUACAUAAAGUAAGACUUAUUUAAGUGAUUUUUAUUUUCUUGCAUUCUCCUGGAGAAUAAAAGCAAAUAGUUGCUUCUCCCAUGUCCACUAAUUUCCAGUUUGGUUAAAAAAAAAACACAAACCAAAACAAAAAAAAAACCCAAACCCCAAACCAGUAGCAUAUGUAAAUGGAGUAUACAGGUUACUUAGUGAACAUAGAUAUAACACCCCAGAUUCAGUUUAAAGUACCAUUGUAUUUCAGGAAGAUUCUGAACAGGAUGUUAUCCUGAAUGGGGGUGCAGGAGACAUUUGAUAUCACAUUCUAGAUUCAGCAAUAAGAUUACAGGUUAUGUAUGUACUUGUGCCAGUAUAAAUUUCAUACUGACUUACAGGCAUUGAUGUAUUCUUCUGGCAAAUAUUGUAGAAUGAUGCUAAAACUUUUAAAGAAGUUUCCAAAAAAAUGUAUUUUGGAAUGAAAUUAAUGCCCUUCAGUCAAAAUUGAUGUGCAUAAAAUGCGUACUGCAAGCACUAAAAAAAUACAAGUACAUUAACAGAGAAUUAGUCCUCUUUCGAGAGUUAUGUUUCAGAAGCGUAUUUUUUAUAAGUAUAAAAUCAACAGCUAUGUAAUUAUUUAAAAAGUUUUCAUUGUCUAAAAGAGCUGUAUCUUUUAUAUUGAAAUAUGAAAUUCUCUAAGUACUCCAGUUUGCAAUUAUUGCAGCAUCUCAUGAUCAAUAUCAAAAAGUGAAUUACAUUACAAAAUGCAUAUUAACUAUUACUGUAUUUGACAAUAUUUAGAAAACGUAAAGCAAGGAACCUAAUUUAUAGGUUUACAUUUCUUUCAAGAAACUAUCAAAUUGUGGAGAUAGCUUUUGUUGUUUAAGCAUGACUGCAAAGCCAAAUAUGGGAUACGUUUCAACAUAAGUUGAAAUCUUUGAGGAAAUGUUCGCAGCUAUUGGUGUCAAGUUUGUAAUUUUAUUUGUCCCAUUUUUCUGUUUUAAAUUUUGAUUUACACGUUGACCUUUGAUUCACAUAAUGCUUGCAGAAACUUUACAAAAGUUUAUUAUAUAUGCUCUUCCUUUAUAAAACAUUUAUUUGAAGCAAAGAUUUUUAAUAUUUAGUUGUUUCUAAACUUGUGUCUAUGCUUAAAUAGUCUUUAAUGUAAACUUUCACGGGUAUUUUUGAAAAUACUUCGGCUAUAAUCAGCAUGUUCUUGGUGAUUUGAAGGAUUCAUGUUGCACUUAAAUUUUUGCAAUGUUCAAUUUUGCUGUUGGUUACCCUGGCAUAGGCCCUGCAGUAUUUUUUCCUACACCCUCACAAAUAGUCACAGAGCAGCAUUACCCUGGUGGAAAUCUAGUCAGUUUUUGUCUUCAGUCCAGACUAAGGCCUAUUCCACAGUCUAGUGCAGUCACAGAAAACCUGACAUUCAUUGCAACUGGCUUUGAAUGUGACCCGUUGUGUUCAAUGCUGCUGGCUGUUAAUGAGAAAAAAAAAAAAGAAAAAUAGGAUUUUAUAAAAGGAAAAUGGAAAUCCAAAAAAUAAAAAGGUGGUGGCAGACCACAGAUGAGCCUUAAAGCAGAGAUGAUUUUUUUGUUCGCUUUUCUAUUUCUGAGAUGGGAAGAACCCAUUAGUUCUCUGUUAGCAGUGGCCUUCUAUCACAAACAAAUCCCACAGUUUGGAUCAUGAUUAUAUGCUGAGCUCUAAUAACUCUCAUUGACUUGAGUGGGAUCUGAACUCUUAGGUACUGAAUCUCUAGCUUCUAAUUCCCAAGUGCAAUAUAACAUGAUCAGGUCUAGUUCACUGCCAAGUUGUCUGUUUAUUUUUGUUUGCCUAAGAAGGGAUGUAGCAUUUGUUGACUUGCAGUGGUCAAUAUUUUUAAGGACAUUAACAAAACCAGUGUGUUAAAUUGAGGUGAUAAAUGAAUGGUAUAGAAAGUUUUUGAUCACCCACAUUGGGUGAAACGAUGUAUUAUUCUAAAGUGUAUCCAUUACGAACUCUUGAGUUAUUGAGAAUUGGUACAAUAUUCUUUAAGUCCACUGUGGAAAAUUUGAGUAGAGACUAUACAAUAAUGGGUUUGAGUCUGUAGUACUACUACUGUUUCAUGUGAUUAUGGUAUUUAGUAUUUUGGUCUAUUUUUUUCCAGUGUGUAGAAUUUUAAUAUAACACAGGAAAUCUAACCUUUCAUGCAAUGACCUUCUCCAGAUAUGCUGCAUUGAGGUUGAAUAACUUGACCCUUGGCUUUUGCAAAGUAAAUGAAGAUUUAAUGUAGUAUUUGAAUCUUCAAAAAACUUUUACAGGUUUAGGUGGAUCUUUCUAGUCCAUGAAGGAAACCUGUAUUUGCUAUGAUACAAAUAUGUUGAAAAUGUAACAUUUUAUUUCUUCGUAAUAUAAUGUUUUUGCCUUUUUUGUUUUUGCUCAUGCAUUAAAUCAGUAGAGCAUUGUUCGCAUGAGCAGAAAAUUAACGUACUAAUGGGAGUGCUGCAUUUUGGGUUUCUUAGUCAUGUAGUAAAUACUUGUAACAUAAAUGGGAAUAUUUUCAGUAACUGAACUUGUUUCAAAGGUCUUCGGUACAUAUAAGGAAAGCAAUAUACAUUUGAAGUCACCUUAUUUUUAAUAAAUUAUAGAUCUUGCAAAAAAAUGGGUAUUGUGGCACAGUAAUUUUGUACUGAUAACAAAUAUAUAGCUGUUAAGCUAUGGUUUUCUUUUCAACUCAUUCUUUUCAUCCUAAUUCAAAUCUGAUUGAUUUUAUUAGGUUGUAUUUUUCUAUAUAUGUAUACAAUUUCAAAAUAUUAUGAUUGGAUAAACUGAAAAACGUAAGUAUUGAGUUGAUUCUGAUACUUAGAAUUUUGGAAUAAAAUACCUCUUAGUUAACAGGAAUUCUGGGGUGGUUUUUUUUUUUUUUUUUUUAAUCCUGUGGCUAUUUUUUAAAAUGCAUUUAAUUCACCUGAAAAUAUGUCAUUGUAUAUGUUUGUAAUCCACAGCUAUCAACUAAAUAUGAAACGGUCACAUUUACACAACUUUUACAUUCUUGGCUAAAGUGACACAUAUUAAACCUUGAGUCAAAAAAUUUUGUUAUCGCAAGCAAGAAAGAGGAUCUAGUCACAAAUUAUAUUCUGUCACCAGAAAACUGAUAUCCUACAAAAAAUUUUGUGUAACAACAAUAGUAUUUCAGAUUUUAUAGGUGCCACAUCACUGUAGAAAAUGAAUUCUUGUCCUUUGGUUAGGAAAAUUCUCAGAGAUGUGGUGUUGUUGUUUUUCUUGUUGUAUUAUUAGACUAAUUUUAUCUUAGUAUUACAUUUUUCCUGAUUAACAGUCAUACUCAUCUUUGCGAGUGUGGUGACAGUAAAUAUUUGUGUCACAGUAAAGGCAUACACGUUUAUUUUACACUGCUAGAACACCUAUUUAGAAAUUAAUGUUGGUCCUUGUAAACCCUUUAGAAAAACUCUGAACUACUGAGUUCCCUGGAUUGCUAGUGAAGAAUGUGUUACCCUAAAGAAAAUAAUAAAAAAAGGACACUGAAAAGAUGA